UACCACUUCGGCGUCACGAGAUGAGGCUACAUGACCAAAUGCGCGUCUGUGCUCAACGAAGUUGCGCACAUUGCGCACUCGUAUGAUUUGGUUUGUUUACCACGGUGAUUAUUAAGUCAAACAGGAAAAUUAAGGUCAUGCAGUAAGGUCCCUCCACUCUACUACGCUCCAGCGUCGUUCUCUGUGUGCAUGGAAAAUCUGGCUCUUGUAGUUCUCCCCUCUUGUACUCUACCCUGUCAAACAAUAAUAAACAACUUCAGACAGGCCUACAUACGCUCGUGACUACAAAUUGGUCUUGUGACUGAGCGAAGGGCACUCACGUGGGCCUGACUGUUUCAUGUUCACGCCUCCCGGCGAAUGUUUAAAACUGGCGUGAGAAGUAGAUAAUGUCAUUGUUGACGAGCCUCCUGAAGUGGAUAUUUUUGAGAACAGUGCAGGAGAGACCAGACUGACAGCAACACAAGCUUUGGCAGUCUUCCAAUUUAUGUCAUCAGCUGUGUUACUCUGUCGAUUUGUCACAAUGAAGGCAACAGUGCUUGCGGUAGUGUGUGUUGCUGUGUGCUUCAGCAUCCAGACAGGCGCACUGUCACCGUACGGCCUGAGAAUGUCGCAGCUUCACAAGAGACGACUGUGGAACAGUGUCGAUGUCGCUGAUCUUCACAAGUAUAACCUCGACAAUGACCCUCAGGCCCGUCAUGGGUACCUGACCCAGCCCAUGGACCACUUUGACCCUCUGGUCAACAAGCACUUCAACCAGCUUUACUGGAUCGUUGACAAAUACUGGAAGUCACCCAGCCAUCCUGUCUUCUUGUACGAAGGGGAGGAAUCGUCUUUAUCACUGGACGAGGUUGCAAAUGGUCACCACGCUGAGAUGGCUAAAGCUCACGGCGCCCUUAUCCUUGGGCUUGAGCACCGUUUCUAUGGUAAUAGCACCACUAAGGAAGGAUUGUUACUGAGCGAAUUACAGUAUCUGUCAAGCCAGCAACAACUCGCCGAUUUGUCAGUGUUUCGUGUCUUCGCCGAGAAGAUGUUGGGCAUGUCCGGUGACAACACAUGGAUUGUGUUCGGAGGAUCUUACGCAGGCGCUUUGUCUGCUUGGUUCAGACUCAAGUACCCACACUUGGUGUAUGGCUCUGUUGCGUCGUCUGCUCCAGUGCGCGCUCAGGCCAACUUCGAGGGGUACAAUGACGUGGUAGCCGCCAGCUUUGCAGAUCCGAUUGUCUUUGGUUCUACACAGUGCGUGGCUAGCAUCAAACAGGCCUUUGCAAAAGUUGAGCAAAUGUGGAAGGCUGGCCAACUCGUUCAAAUCCAAAAAGAUUUCAACACAUGCCAGGACUUGAAGGAACCAAACGACUUCAAGACUUUCGCUAGUAAUCUCCAAGGGGCAUUCAUGAGCGCCGCACAAUACAAUCGAGUGGAAGGAAAUUCAUCAAGCAUCGGCGAUUUGUGUAAAAAAAUGAUGGUUCCAGACCCCUAUCAAGCUCUGGUCAAUAUCUUUAAGUCCAGCAAUUGUAGGGAUGUGUCCUUUAAAGAUUUUCUCAAGCAACUGCAAGACACCUCCUUUGAUCCUUAUUCGAUGUAUCGACAGUGGUUUUAUCAGACCUGUACCCAGUUUGGAUAUUAUCAGACUUGUGACAAGAAUACAACAUGUAUGUUCCUGCCCCAAGUCGAUUUGGACUUCUACUUUGCCUGGUGCAAGGGGGCUUACAACAUCCCAGCUGCCGACGUGGAGGAACAGGUGAACUUUACGAACGCUUACUACGGAGCAGACCACCCCAGGGGAUCCAGGGUGGUCUUCGUUGACGGUACCAUCGAUCCGUGGCACGCCCUAAGCGUCUUAAAAGAUCUGCCAGAGGACCUCAAGUCCAUUUUCAUGAAGGGUACAUCUCAUUGUGCAGACAUGGCACCUUAUAACCCUGACGACACCCCCGCAUUGAAGGCGGGCAGACUGGCCAUUGAAAAGGUGGUCAGCGACUGGCUGAUGCAGGCAGAAAUGGAAAAGAAACGAAAAGGCAAAUCACAUUCGGCCGAGGAUAAUUACCCGGAGCCAACUCAAGAAAGGAAAACUGAGGCCCCGCCAAGUCAGUGCCACGGCCAAAAGAGCACAGACGUCAGGCCAAGCACCUCCCCGCGCCAGGACAGCCCAGCCCAGACAGGUAGGUCGAUGUCGAUCCCCGAGAUUCGGCUUCUGCAUGGAGCCAAGACACUACAGGGUCCACGGUCCCACAGCGGUGUCAGCUUCGGCCACGGUCUGGCGAUGCAGAGGAGAGGACGACACGGAGGUGCUGACCCAACGCUGGCUAUUUUGGAACGAACAAGCUAA